AUGUCGUUUCUAGGCAGACGAUAUCGUUUUUGCGACGGUACUUGCCAACAAGGUUACCGGCUGCAAGCUCGAGAACUCUUAACAGCCAAUACACCUGCUCGACUCACCCACAAUUCUCCGGCUUCGGAAUCCGACGACAACGAUGAUGAAUUGGUCAGUUAUGUGCCCAUGAACUUCUUUGGUGAACAGGGAAUUUGCAGUAAUUCCAACCUCAGAAUUGACAAGGACCAGACACAGUUGCCUGUCACUAAUGUACUCGAGCAGUUCCAGCUAGGUGAAGGCGACAGAAAAAGAGAAUCAAACAAGAUAGUAGAAAAUGCCGAACGACCUCUGGACGACGGCCGCAUCCACGUGUCCGGGGACGUCUUUCAGUGGAGCUGCACUCCACCACCCACCCACGGGCCCGCUCACAUAAAGGGCACAACCGUUGCUACUGACUCCUCCCAGCACCACUCCUACUCACACUGUCUUAACUACCCCCCUUACUUUUGUAUAAUCUUAGUUCUUCUACCCAUUUUCAAUCAGAAUUUUCUUUCUUUCUUUCAUUUUGUCUUUCUUUCUUAUGCUGUUUAUUUCUACUCUUCUUAUUUAAAUUGUUUUCCAUCAUUUUUCUCUUCUUUUAUUGUCCUUUUAUUCUGA